AUGGCGAGCAAGGUGCCUUCGAUCUGUUGCAUAGGCUACAUUGGCAAGCACAACAACCCUCUACACAUUUCGCUCUUUCCAGCGGAAGAAAGAGCACCUCUGGAGUUCCAGUUCCUCCUCUCAUCAUGUCUGGACAUCUUCGAGGCCCGCUUGCCCUACAAGACAGCAGACCAAGACUUUGGGCUUCUCCAAGCUGUCGAUGAAAGGCUGGCCAUGUACGGAUGGUUGACCAACACCGGCGUCAAAAUCGUCAUUGUGGUUGAUAUGGAGGGGAGACCAGCUACUGCGUUGGAUAGCAAAGCAGCAACAGCAGUGGGACUGCGAGAUGCAGAUCUGAAGCCUAUCAACGAGGCAUUCAGGGCGUUGCAAACAGCGUACAUCAAGCUGUUGCGAAACCCAUUCUACAAUCCGGAUGAGCAUUCGCCUGUUACAGCGAACGCCGAACAGAAGAUUGGAUCGACACAGAUCACAAGUCGGAGCUUCAUUCAGGAAGUAAAGCAGGUUGCGGAAGCAUGGGCACCGGGCGUUACUAAUAUCUGA